GGGGACGAGAGGCGUCUGCCUCCGUAGGAGUGGGCGCGAGGGCCCGAGGAAGUGGGCUCCGGCCUGAGGGGCCGGAAUUCCGUCUCGCAGACAACCCAGCGCGACCGGGAACGGGGCGAAGCCGCGCCAGGUCAAGGGGAGUCCGGGCCGGGCUGUGGGAGCCGAGCUCCGCGGAGUAGCCGGCGCAGCGGGGAGAGACGCCUCAGCCUCACGUCAGGCGUCCUGGGUGUCGGGACCGGCCAGCCGCGGAACUUCGGUGACUAGCCAUGUCACUGUCCCACCUGUACCGGGACGGGGAAGGCCACAUGGAUGAUGAUGAGGAUGAGCGAGAGAACUUUGAGAUCACAGACUGGGACCUCCAGAAUGAGUUCAACCCCAAUCGGCAGCGCCACUGGCAGACUAAAGAAGAGGCCACUUAUGGAGUGUGGGCAGAACGGGACUCUGAUGAAGAACGGCCCAGCUUUGGAGGCAAACGAGCCCGUGACUACUCUGCACCAGUCAACUUCAUCAGCGCAGGACUCAAGAAAGGGGCAGCAGAGGAAGCAGAGUUGGAAGAUUCCGAUGAUGAAGAGAAACCUGUUAAGCAGGAAGACUUUCCUAAGGAUUUUGGACCAAAGAAGUUAAAAACGGGUGGCAAUUUUAAACCCAGCCAGAAAGGUUUUGCAGGAGGAACCAAAUCUUUCAUGGACUUUGGCAGCUGGGAAAGACACACAAAAGGAAUUGGACAGAAGCUUCUUCAGAAAAUGGGCUAUGUCCCUGGAAGGGGUCUUGGGAAGAAUGCCCAAGGUAUCAUUAACCCAAUUGAAGCCAAGCAGAGAAAGGGGAAAGGCGCUGUGGGCGCUUACGGCUCGGAGCGCACCACCCAGUCCCUGCAAGACUUCCCUGUGGUUGACUCGGAAGAAGAAGCUGAGGAGGAGUUUCAGAAGGAGCUGAGCCAGUGGAGGAAAGACCCCAGCGGAAGCAAGAAGAAGCCCAAAUACUCCUACAAGACAGUAGAAGAGUUGAAGGCCAAGGGCAGGAUUAGCAAGAAGCUCACCGCUCCCCAGAAGGAGCUUUCUCAGGUCAAGGUCAUAGACAUGACUGGCCGGGAGCAGAAGGUCUAUUACAGCUACAGUCAGAUCAGCCACAAGCACAAUGUCCCCGACGAUGGGCUGCCGCUGCAGUCACAGCCGCUGCCCCAGCCUGGCAAGGACGCCAAGGCCCCAGGCUUUGCGCUGCCCGAGCUGGAGCACAACCUGCAGCUGCUCAUCGACCUGACAGAGCAGGAGAUCAUUCAGAACGACCGGCAGCUGCAAUAUGAGCGGGACAUGGUGGUCAACCUCUCCCACGAGCUGGAGAAGAUGUCGGAGGUCCUGGAGCACGAGGAGCGGGUCAUCUCCAACCUCAGCAAGGUCCUGGAGAUGGUGGAGGAAUGCGAGCGGCGCAUGCAGCCCCACUGCAGCAACCCGCUCACCCUGGACGAGUGCGCCCACAUCUUUGAGACGCUGCAGGACAAGUAUUAUGAGGAGUACCGCAUGUCGGACCGCGUGGACCUGGCCGUGGCCAUUGUCUACCCGCUCAUGAAGGAGUACUUCAAGGAGUGGGAUCCUCUCAAAGACUGCACUUACGGCACCGAAAUCAUCUCCAAGUGGAAGAGCCUCCUGGAGAAUGACCAGCUCUUGUCCCACGGAGGGCAGGACCUCUCGGCGGACGCCUUCCACAGGCUGAUAUGGGAAGUCUGGAUGCCUUUUGUCCGAAGCAUCGUCACUCAGUGGCAGCCGAGGAACUGUGACCCGAUGGUGGACUUUUUGGAUAGCUGGGUGCACAUUAUUCCCGUGUGGAUCUUAGAUAAUAUCCUGGACCAGCUCAUCUUCCCCAAGCUGCAGAAGGAGGUGGAAAACUGGAACCCCCUGACGGACACUGUCCCCAUCCAUUCCUGGAUCCACCCGUGGCUUCCCCUCAUGCAGGCGCGCCUGGAGCCACUGUACUCCCCCAUCCGCAGCAAGCUGUCCAGCGCCCUGCAGAAGUGGCACCCUAGUGACUCCUCUGCCAAGCUCAUUCUCCAGCCCUGGAAAGAUGUCUUCACCCCUGGCUCCUGGGAAGCAUUCAUGGUCAAGAACAUAGUCCCCAAGCUGGGGAUGUGUCUCGGAGAGUUGGUCAUCAACCCCCACCAGCAGCACAUGGAUGCGUUUUAUUGGGUCAUCGACUGGGAAGGGAUGAUCUCUGUCUCUAGCCUGGUAGGGCUUCUUGAAAAGCACUUCUUCCCCAAAUGGCUUCAGGUGCUGUGCUCCUGGCUCAGUAACAGCCCAAACUAUGAGGAGAUCACUAAGUGGUACCUGGGCUGGAAAUCCAUGUUCUCAGACCAAGUCCUGGCACACCCCUCCGUCAAGGAUAAAUUUAAUGAAGCCCUUGAUAUCAUGAACCGGGCAGUGUCCUCCAAUGUUGGUGCCUACAUGCAGCCUGGAGCACGGGAGAACAUCGCCUACCUCACCCACACAGAGCGGAGGAAGGACUUCCAGUACGAGGCCAUGCAGGAGCGACGUGAAGCUGAGAACAUGGCCCAGCGGGGCAUCGGCGUGGCUGCCAGCUCUGUGCCCAUGAACUUUAAAGACCUCAUUGAGACCAAGGCUGAAGAGCACAACAUUGUCUUCAUGCCUGUCAUUGGGAAGCGACACGAAGGGAAGCAGCUUUACACCUUUGGUCGUAUCGUCAUCUACAUUGACCGAGGAGUAGUCUUCGUCCAAGGCGAGAAGACCUGGGUGCCCACCUCCCUGCAGAGCUUGAUUGACAUGGCCAAGUAGACUAAAGCAGGCCCGAGCAGGCUGGACACUGGCACACAAGGGACAUAUUUAUGAAUAAACUAUUUCAAACCAUGUUUGAAAGAAUAACUUCUCUAUUCAGGGACUAUGAAAGAUAGAAAGCAUAAAGCUACUCUAGAAGUACAUAAAUCUUUUUAUCAAGUCCUUCCACAGCCUUGAGAACAAAAUUUCCCGUGCUCUGAAUCUUACCACCACAAAGAAAGAAGCUCCCCAGCAGCUCCUCCUUGGCAGCCUUCCCUUCAGUCUUUAGUGGCAGCUGCUGCUGCCUUGGCCAACACGGAAUAUGCUACAGCAAGUUCAAGUCCGUAGCUGCUGGGUCUUGUUCCUGAUGAUUUCAAGGUCCUCACAGUCUUGAUAAUCUGGUUCUUCCUGAAAUGCCCAAAUUUCCGUGGGCAGUUGUUUCAGUUUAUGGACAGGGAACCAGUGGACAGAGGUGUCGUUGAAGACGUCUGUGUACUGUGAGGCCUGUGGAAACUCCAGCUCUUCUAGUCCUUUUAAAAUCUGAACAGAAAAAUUUUAGUGUAAACCAAAAAUGUAAUCACAGUAAAUAAAUCCAACUCUUCUGGGUUCAAUUUCCAUUCACCAGUCACCCCCCUCAUGUUAUCCUUAAAAAAUAAGGAAGGGACCAUUUUAAGUGCUUUUGUACAAUGAUUUGAAAGGCUCAAGGGCUGUAAUACUGAGAAUAAAGGAAACUAGGAAAAAAUUAAGAGGUGCAUUAAAAUGCCAUAGCUUUCUGGAACACAGACCCAUUGAAGGAGCUCACUGUACAGUAAUUCCACCUGUCUUCAUUAACCCCAUUAGCUUCCUCAAAUGAAAAGGCAGAGUUCUUCCCCAUAAAGGAGAAAAUAGAAUGACUUCAAACCCUUUUCCAUCCCAGCCCCUACAUCCAGAUAAGAUACCUUUGCAAUGUAGGGGUAAUUUUCCUUCAGAAUCCUUGUCAACAACCUAUGGGGAAAAACCACAGAGAUUAGGGGAUAUGAGGGUGAUUUUAUUUAACUUCAGACAAAGGCAAGAUGAUUUAAAUGUGACAGGGAUUAUUUAAAAAAGAUUUGGAAUACAGAGUAA